CCAAUAGAAAGUACAACAUGGCGACUGUUUACAAUUUGAAAUGGAGUCUGACCGUGGGAAUAAUUCUGCUCUCAUUCAAUCUGACUUUGGCACAAGUUCCCAUCACACCGCCCCCGUUAGGACCAAAGCCGGUGGUCUCCAACGGGAUAGUGUACAAUCUGUUUCACCUACACAUGGUCCCGGAGAUCUGUCGGCGUCCGUACGUGCUAGAGAAAGUUAACUUUGAAUUUGGUGUUGUUAUCAAAAAAGAGGAAAAAAGGGCGAUAAUGAAAUCAGGUAGUCCCUAUAAGAUGAGGGGAAACAUAGAGCUGGAACCAAGCAGCUGUCUGUGGAUUGAACCUGGCACCAUCUUCCACUUCAGUUCUGGCUAUGGCUUUAUUGUUAAUGGAACACUUAUAGCAAGGGGAAGCGAGGAGGAUGGUGGACGUAUCGUUAUGACACGAGACCCAGACAAAAUCGACCCGUCGGAAGCACCGUUCCCAGACGAUGCUCGACUGGUGGAUGGCAACACGACGACAGAUGGACAGCUACAGCUGAUGUAUAGGGGGCGCUGGAGGGGCGUGUGUACAAACUUCGUAAAUUAUACAAAGAUAGAUGCUAACGUUACCUGUCGACACCUGGGCUUUGUGUGGGGCAACUUCACCUACCACUCCUUUUCUCGGAACAAGACCGACUACAUGUUGUUUGAGCGUCCAGACUGUUCCGGAUCAGAAAAUAGCCUCUUUGAUUGUCCGGGAAAACUCAACAUCCGAGUUGGGGCCAAUAUCUGUGAUGGACAGCAGGUGAUAGGUUUCCAGUGUGAAGGGCUCCGUCCGGAUCUGGCUCGGACUCACUGGAGGGGACUGGAGUUUUACAACGCCACGCUACAGUUCGUGAAAGACCAGAAUCUGAACAGGACAGAGACGUACUCCUGGCUGGAGUACCUGGACGUCUGGUACGCGGGACGGGACACCUACAGAGGGGGUGACAUGGUGCACGGCCGGGCCUCGGUGUCGGCUAGCCCCCACGUACCACUGAUGAACAAUGUGUCCAUCAUGUAUGGGGCGUACGAUGGAUUGAACUUGACUGAGUUGAGGGGGCGUGUUCACAUUGCUAACAGCACUGUCUCCUUUAAUCGAGGUUACGGAGCAUUCAUUAAGACUGCGGUGGGUCAGGUGUUGAUAAAUAUGACCAACAUGGACAAUAACUGGGGCGAUGGAGUCAAGAUGUACAUGACAAACUACACCAUCCACUCCUUCCAGAAAGAUUACCCCAACACCUACUCUUUUUGUCGAAGCAAUGCUUUGGCCUUCCCACGAUUCCCUAUAACCAUUUAUGAGAACAUAAUUGACGAGAGAGGACAGAAACCUCAGUUCGACAGUUAUGAUUGUCAGAAGAGUUACAGUACAGUGGACAAGAAGAGGUUGUCCCUCCACUUCUUCCUAAUGGAGCGAGAUGAGAAGGCCUCCGGAACCAUCACAGUUUAUGACGGCACUUCCACCAUGAGUUCAGUCCUCGGGGUUUUCCCAGUCUCCAAUGGGUCAUUCCCGCAGUCUGUAACGACUUCUGGGAAGAGCAUUACUAUCAGGUUUCAGUACAGACUUCCACCAGAACCGACUAUCCCAGGACAACACCGAUGUAAAAACUACCGGGCAUGUCUGAGAUUCUUGCUUGAUCUCGUCUCAUAUGACGGACUGGACGAAGAGCUUCGGUUCAUUAACUCCUCGGCCAGUAACAACACGGGGUACGGCGUAAACGUCCAGGACAUGCGCUGUAAGGUCUCCCUCAACUCGUCUGUGGUCUCCGACAAUAACUACGGGGCCGGUGUCAGAGUCUACCAAGGGGCGGGUGAAAUCUCCAUCAACAACUCCAGGGUGGAAAGGAAUGAAAGAAGUGGAGUGAACAUAACGUACGCUGGAGGCUACCAGCUGGUCAACAAUUCGUUUAUCUGUGAAAACCAUGGUUACGGCGUCAUUACAGAGUACGAUCGGCUGAAUAAUACGCGAAUACAGCAUUCCCAAAAAAUGGAAGUGGCGAAAGCUAAGUUUUUCUUCAAUGAGUGGAUUGCCUUCAGGGUGGGAAACUACUGUAAGGAGGCCAUGAUUCUUGUGAAUGAGAGCCACUUCAAGUAUAAUUAUGAUGAAGCCAUUGAAUUUCUAUCCUGUAACUUUACGAAGAGUCCCCAGAAAAAUGUCAAUUUUAGUUUAGCUUACAACGAGUUUGACGGGAAUAAGAGACAUGGGAUUCUGAUGUCACCCCUGAUUAACACGAUCGGAAUUAUAACAAAUAAUACAUUCAUGAAUCACAGUUUAGGAGCCUUGCGAAUUGACAAUGGUUACGAUCUACUUGUCAGCAAGUGGUAUGCGAAAUUUGCAGUGAACUACAGAAUUUUUGAAAACACUUUCAAAGAAAACCAGGGGAGGUACUGUGUAAGUCUACGAUUGACCCAGAAUGCUCCGAACCAGCAUAUGGAAUAUAAGUUUAACAAAGUUAUAGGGAACGCUAUAAAUGACACAUCUCCAUACUUGAAUCCUCGAAGUCACGCUAAUGCUCCGAUCAUUGUGUCCUCCAGUAACAUCGUAGUUCAGAGAAAUCACAUCUAUAACCCUGAUUCUGUAAGAGACAUCGCUACACACCUUGUUGACCCGUCGGUGAUAAUUAAUGGCAGUCUGAAUUGGUGGGAGACGAUUGAACAUAGGAUUAUCUAUGAUCGACUAUUUGAUAGAGAUGAUCGUUAUAACCUGGCACAAAUGACUUACUAUCCUGUGUUAAAGGAUGGCUGGCUGUAUGGGGAUAAAACAACCAUCACUGACACAGAGUACAGAUGGCCCUUCCAGAGGGAAAAUAAAAUCGGGGGAAUCCUUGAUGUGGAGGGGUUUACCACAGACCCCGACACAAAGCUGUACUACGUUGACAGGGAUAUAUUCAUAGUUCCCGGUGCUGUCCUAAAAAUAAACCCAGGAACCACCCUGCUGUUUGAGAAUUCCAUCGGCAUGGUGAUUCACGGUCGAAUGAUUGCUGAUGGAGUAAGUUCGAACACGCCCAUUUUGUUCACCCUGAAUGAACCAGUGAACGAGACAGAGAUAAGCAACAGAACAGAUGCUGUGAGGCUGGUCGAGGGUCGAGAUGCAUAUGAGGGUCGUUUAGAGGUCAAUAUCAACGGUCGCUGGGGAGCAGUCUGUAAAAAUGGGUGGAUCCAAGAGAAUGCGAUGGUGGUUUGUCAGCAGCUGGGCCUGACUUAUCACCCUGACUUUGGACUGGUUCACCAGCAGGUCCGGUCGUCCUCCGUCAUUGAGCUGAGUUCUGUCACCUGUACUAACCUUGACACGGAUAUUAGGGAGUGUCACUCCAUCAAACGAGGUGACUUUGAUUGUCAGUUUGACAAUGUGGUCUACCUCAGGUGUCAGAAACCAACUUGGUCAGGCAUCACUAUCCCUGCCAUCCCAACGUACGGCCAAAUACACGACACACUGAUAAAGCAUUUGAUCAUACAGAAGGCAGGUCAGCUGGACUAUCAGGCCAUGACCUUCACCCCUGCCCUUCGCAUCGACUACAAUUUUUACAAGAUCACCGCCCUACAGGUCACAGACUCAGUCUCUGAUGGAGUGAACAUCAAAUACGCCAACCCGUUCACCGAGAAUCUCUUUGAGAAAUGUCACUUUGUGAGAAACCUAGGCAACGGCUUCCUCACCAGGAGCCCAUUCCUAAAAAUCACGGAGUCCACGAUGAACGAUAACCAGAAAGGAGGCUUUGUGUACGAUCCAUUCUUCACAGAAUACGAGGCACUUAGUGUCAGAAAUUUUCUCCAUCAGAGCCGCAUGGUGUACUUUCAAACAAGAGAUUACCAGCUGGGAGAUAACUCGAUGGCCUUCAUUAUAUCUCAGCCAGGUAUACAGGCCGAGAAUCGAACAUACACCAUGCAGCUGUCCGUCAGCAGUUCUAAUUAUAGAAUCACCCUCCAGCUACUGGACUACAAUCCGCUGACCAAUGUGGAGAAAGUGACGAUUUAUAACUCUAACAGGAACAGCAUUUCUCCCACAACAGUCAAAUGGGAGAUCGAAGAGGACCUGGUGGACUUCCCGAUUACAUCUAAGGGAGAUAACUACCUCACCAUCCAGGUCGUUGUAAGGGGAGUCCAAUCUGGACGACUAGCAUUUGCUGCUCACUCCCGACAAUAUUCCACUGCCCCCAUAAAUUCAUUGAUUGACGUCCAUUUUGCCACAGUCAACAACAACUACCAAGGCAUUGUAACCAAACACUACAACAAUCCGUCCAAUGAAAAACUAGAGAUUUUCCAUCGCGUGGCAGAGGAAGAAAUUCGCUUCACUAAGGUCGAUAUCAAAGAAAACCAGAUGGAGGCUAUGUACAUUCCCAGUCUGACUAAGUACCAUGAGCAUCUGAUCCCAACCCAGGAGGAAAUGACAAGACCUGAAAGACUGGGUCAGAUCACUUACGUGCUUGAUCAGUGUACUGUACAGAACAAUGGGAAAGCCAUCAUAGCAGACCACAAUCAUGUGGACUUCUCAAACAAUGUGUGGAAGUGGAAGAUUCAGGCCUCCUCAGUCAGAGAUAACAAGUAUGGUGGAUUGGAAGUGGAGCUUCCACGGGUGAACGACAUCCGUGAGAAGAACAAGUGGCAUUCAGUGCAGGUCAAUCAGUCAACCUUUGAGAAUAACAAAAACUUUGCCUUCACUGUGAAUGGUUACUAUGCCGAUGUGGAGGUCAGUUACUGCAGGUUCGCUGAUAAUGCUUGUCGCAGGGGACUGGUUCUGUUGGGUGGAAUGGAAAAAGACCUGGUCAUCUACAACAACGAAAUGAUAAACAAUCAAGGGAAAUAUGCCAUGCAGAUAGACAUGCAAAGUCAUGCAGAAUAUAAUAAGCCUAAAGCCUUCUGCCACUAUAACAACAUAAAAGGCAAUAGACCAGGGCCCAACUGGUCGUUAAAUGUAGACUACACCCCGUCAACCUAUGCAGUUUCUGUGUACGGAGUCCAGAACAUAACCCUCAAAAGAAACUUGAUCCACAACCCCGACUACCAGUAUGAACUGAUCGCCGGGGUUACCUCCCUGUCCCUGGAAAACAAGAUGAAUGUGAAGGAGAACUGGUGGGGGACUGCCAUACAAGCCCAAAUCAUUGAGAGAAUAUUUGACUUUGAUGACUGGAACAACUAUGCAAUAGCUGACUACUUUCCCCAGCUCACAGCUGACAAUGUGAAUAGCCUACCAUCAACAGGGACACAGAUUGAAAGUGGGUUUAACUUCCCCUCACUCAAAGGGAGAAUUACCAAAAACAUGGCUCUGGCCGGUUCCUCUACCUACUAUGUCAUCGCCGAUGUUACAGUGAUGCCCAAUGCUAAACUGACUAUCGAGCCGGGAACCAGACUCCAGUUUUAUCCCAAUGUGGGUAUUCUGGUUCUUGGACAGCUUGUUGCUAGGGGACUGCCAUACAGUAGAAUUUCUUUCCGACCGGUUGUUCCGGGACCAAACAUCCCAAAACCUCUUCCUGAGAUUGUCACUCAGAACUUCUACUCCAACACCAUGAGACUGAAGCGAGACUCUGAGGGAGAAAUCCCAGCAAACGAGGGGUUCCUAGAGCUGUAUAACUCUUCGUCCAGUUCCUGGAAUUUGAUGUGUGAUAAUCAGUUCAACAGAAAGACAGCUGAGGUGGUGUGCCGGGGUCUGGGAAUGGAGACUCUCAAUGUGGAUGUGAGGUUCACCCACCUGUACGACCACUUUGUUUACAAGAAGCCCAUGUACUUUGUCAAGGAGUUCUGGACUUACUCCUACUACUGUGUUGGUGAUGAAAAUUCUUUAGGUGAGUGCCAAAGAAGAAUAAAUUAUAAGAUACAGGACUGCAUACAGGGAGCUAAUUAUACCUAUAUCCGGUGUGGCAAAAGGAAUCUGGAUUCAAAACUCUCUUAUUGGGGCAACAUUAGAAUCGCCUCCCCAACGUACCAGGAGGAUACGAUUCGAUAUGUGCAGGAUCAAGAUCGGUCAGUGCUGGAGAACAUUGAUAUCUACGGAGCUGGAAUGUUGCACGGGGAGAGAGUGGGGGCCAUUCAGGCCACCUACCGAUCACCGAAAAUCAACAACAUCAACAUCACAAACUGUCUGUGGAAUGGACUGGACAUCAUCGCUCCUCGCUACGAAAUGAAAAUCAAAACCAUGAACAUUGACCACAAUCUUGGUUAUGGCAUCAACUUCCUGAUUCUGAAUGGAGAGUCGAGGAAUGCAGAUCAGUCUUCCUUCCGGCCACUUCUACAGAACACGGUGCCCUACUUCAUGUCUGGGCUGGUGGACAUCUGUAAGAUGGAGAAGGAGCUGACCGUGAAGAACCGACUCAUCAUUUACUACAAGUACUCCCAGAAGUUAGUGGACUGUGUCAAGGUCAUCCGUAGCGAGAACCGCCUCCGUAAAGUGUCACUCAGGCUGCUACAGUUUAACUUGUAUUACGACGAGUUUUAUCGUAACUUACUGGAGAUAUACGACGGUAAUACUGUGACAGAAGAAAACAGAAUUGGAGUCCUUGAUGCUCACAGUAAAGCUGAAGCCACAAGAACACGCUACCUGAGUAAUUCUGAUACUAUUGGAGUCCACAUCCAUGCUUCCAAUGCCUAUGAGGACUAUGGAUUUAUAGCGGAGAUCACCACAUCCCCUCUCUCAGACCUGGCAUAUCCCGAUAGUACAGUGGAGCACCGCUUUGAGCAGAUGAUGGUUACAAACAAUGAAGACGGGGCCAUCCUCUACCAGAACGUAGGAGAGGUUUGUCCCUCCCUCUUCAUCGACAGCUGUAUGAUCGAGAACAACGGCCUUGGGAUCCUCAAUCUUACGUCACACCCUGUCAUUAACAUUGGCAUCCAAAACACCAAGAUCUUCAACUUCCAGCACAACUUUGUCAACAGGAACAAGGGCGGGCUCUACUGCCAGGCACUCACCACUUCAACACAAAACCUCCUCCGUGGAAACAUCACAAACAAUGUCUUUUCAUUCGGGAGCCAUGGUGAGACUCUUAACAUAAGUGGUCAUCAUUUCCAGAAGAUGCAUGUCUACGAGAAUUACAUCUUUAACAACUCGGCAGGGGAUUAUAGAGACAAUGUCCAUGUGCAGACGGUGGGGAUGAACUUUACGUUUAAUGUGGUGGUGAAUAAUACUGGGCACCACAUUGUGAGAACCUAUAGUGAGGUGGAUACCAGCGCCACUCAGCAAUACCUGGGAAACUACAUCUACCAAAAUAAUGCCACCGCUUUAUACCGAGCAGUGAUGGCGGUGGGCAGUGGGAAACCCGAGUUCAAGAAUAAUUACCUCGUGAACGAGGAAAGUGCAUUUGAACUCCUGACAAAUGAGAAACGAGAAUCGAUACAAGGAAUAAAGAUCCAGGAGACAAUUGUAGAUGCCACGUACAACUGGUGGGGGUCAGAACGCCGGGGCUACAUCAACGGGAAGAUCUGGGACGGGCGGGACAACAGUUCUCUGGUGGAGGUCAACUUUGAACCCUACAGAGUGACCAACUCCUCACUCGUAAAUGGUAAAUGUCCCCCAGGCUGGACGUUGAAUGCAGAUCGUUGCUAUAGAUACAUGGGGGCAGCUCUUCCCUAUGCUCAAGCGGGCCAGUUUUGCAGAGAUAACCUUGGAUUCCUGGCUGAGGCCGACAACCAGGCCCCCUUCCUCCGCUACUUGUUACGGCUGACAGAGAAUGUCUACACCAAGGACCUGAGGGUGUGGGUGUUCUCCGAGGUUGCCCCGGGCUACUGCAGUGCAUUCCAAGAUGACUACAUUGUAGCUGAACAAGAUUGUCAGAGGAUUUUACAUCCAUUCAUAUGCGAGAAAGACCCAUACAUAAACCCGCCAGGAAGUGAUGUUCUUGCCAUAGCUAUAGGAGUAUCUGCUGGUGUGUUUGGUACCGCUCUAAUUGUCAUCAUCAUUCUCGCCAUUCUAUGGAAAGUCAAGUCCAAGGGAAGAAAGGAGCAGAAAUUUGAAAGGCAAGCGUCCAUUCGCUCCUCUCUUAGGUCCUCAGUUAGGUCUCGCUCCAACAUGACUGUCUUGUCCACUGGGACCAACAAACGCCGAUUUGACGAUAAAUAUUCUGUGUCCUCUAAAGGGCACCUGAUAGAUGAUGAUGUCUCAUUGUCUAACAUAAGUCUUGAAUCUAGAAGUCGAGGUAGAGAGAGAAUGGAUAGGUCUUUGGAACGUUUGGAUGCACCUCGCCUUGGCUCUAGAGAUCGUUUAGAUCAGGUUAAUUCUUCUAAUGGGAGCUUGGGUAUGAUUUUGUCCAAUGGACACACUGGCUCACAACACAGACUCAUUAAUGGGAAAGGAAGUUUUGACAGACUGAAAGAUGACUCUCCAAGGAAUUCUCCCCGAAACUCUCCACGCUCCCAGAGACCCAUCAGAGCAACACUGGGCAGAAAUACUCAAGACAACAGCAGGAGUCGAGAAAACCUUCAACCUGAAGUAAAACCUGUACAGCCACCCCAGCCUCCAAAGAAAGCAAUUCUUCCCCCCGUGAAACCACCCCAAGUAAGGCCGCCAAACCCUCCUGUGGUCCCAGAGGAAACAGAUGGGGGUUACACAGAUGAUGGGUUCUCUGAGCACGAGUUUGAUGAUUUUACGACUACUGCUGAUGAAGCUGAAUAUUCCCCAAACAACAAACCAAACAGAGUGGAGAAUCAAAUCGAAUCUCUGAGGAGGCUUCCCAAUAUUUCAGAGAAGCCAGCAUAUGGAAGUGAAUCUAGUGUGGAUAUGGACCACAGAUCUAAGCAUCCCUCAAACUUUUUUCUUCUAGACACCCCACCCACACCCCCUCCUCCCCUCCCACUGGAUUCCUAUCCAAUGAAAACAAUGGUCAAUUCUCCGGUCCUGUCCGAUGCUUCGUCAAGAAGGCCCACCCCCCAGCCAAGGGGCCGACCAGUGGCGCCGCCUCGCUCCAACCUCGGCAGCAGUAAGGAGAGUCUUAACAGGAGUGUCAAUCCACUUCACCUGAGUCAAGGAGACCUGAAUCUCAUCGACAAGAAACCCUCGUGGCUAAAUGACCAAGUAAGAGAAACAAGUGCCAGCGAGAGUGACAGUGACUCGGAAAGUGUGAAUGAUUCGUUUAAUGAUGCAGGACACAAAAAUAAAGCAUUUCUGGAGAACGAGAAUCUUCCACGAACGGUGAGAGCCCCUGGAUAUACCCCGCCUCAGGAUCAAUCUGACAGGACGGAUUACUCCUCUCCAUGGAGAGAUGUUAGAUAUCCGUCGACAAAUCAAAGCAAUUCUAACCUCUCGCGUGGUUCACGUGAAAUGUCCAACAUGGAUUACUUGCAGGGGCCUUAUUCAAACCUAGGAUAUGAAGGCAGUCAGGAAAACAUUCCUUCUUAUGAUGAGGCCUUAAACGCCCCCAUCAAUGCCCCCUACAGUCCCGCCUACACAAACAGUAGCCUUCCUCCACCAUACUCCCCGCCCUCUUCACAACCAUUUUCACCCGUGGCUCAUAAUGUGCACUUCCUGCCCGGAGGUACCAAUACCCAACAUCCAGUGUACCGGAUUGGAAGUGUGAACAGUAUUCCCAUGUCGGGCAGUGACGGAUUACCCCGGGACAUAGCUUUCAUGGACUAUCGCAUGGGGAGUCAAAGCACCCUCCCUAACCCCGAUGGAAGCAUGCCUGACCUGUCCACUGGUGAGAGUCAAGCUGACCUUGCAGAGCCUGACCUUGACGAUAUGAAUGACACGCAGUACCAGCGGGACAUGGACCCAUUUCCCCAGAGUCCACGUGGAGUUCCCUCCUACCAGCAGCCCCCUGCCCAGGAUUUUCGGGAACCUCGCCGAACCCGGAGCAGGGAACAGCUGGAUCGGGCCUCUCCGUUCUCACAGCGUAGUCGGGACAGUCCAGUGCUCUACCUGGAUGACCAGAGACGGAACCAGCGGCGGCCUGAGCCGAUAGAGACAGAGAUCUGAUCCAAUCCAACCAGUGAUAAACUGUACCCAAGUAUUAACUCAUUGAAGAGGAACAAAUUAUCCAUUGAUGCUCUUAAUACUCGCAAAUCCAGUACUGAUGAAUGUUGUUACUGAUUACAGACAUAACCAUUAUGAAUUAAUGAUCUGUGCAAUAUUCUAUCAAACAAUUUAAUUUGGUUAAGGUUGUAACAUAUCAUGGAUGUUUUUUAUUUGUUGGAAUUGAAUUAUUCUUGCUGGCCAUAAUUUGUUGUUAUAUACAUGUAUAUGUUUAUAUAUAUAUAUAUCCACUAGUUAGGUGCUUGUACAUAUAAAGUAUGUAAUUUUAUACGGUAUGACAUUAAAAUAUCAAACUAAACACAUGUUUAUGUUAGCCAGAAUAUUAAUUUUAUCUUAGACUAGUUCAUAUUAAAUAACCUGGAGCACAUUUUUUAAAAGAUUAAUAGAAUCAAAAUUUUGACUUGAUGCAUCUUCUUCCUUCACAUCUGGCGUUUUCUUUUUGUUGACAAAGUUUGAUACCUCUUUACUUUCACUUUCUCAUUAACAUCAUAAGAGUUCUAUUCAUAACAAAGUUUCCCUGCAUAACAAGAACAACAGACACGUCUACAAAUACUGCAAUGUUUUUAGAUAAUCUACAAUUGAUAAUUAAAUCCAAUUGAUUUGUUUUGUUGAGAUAAUCGUUGUUCAGUGUGAUAAGUGUCACUGCUUGUGGUACGAGACGUGUCUGUUUUUUCCACUGUCUGAUGUAACCUCGGUGUUGUAACUCUCUUGUAGUGUCACCUGGUCCUCUCUCCACCUCUCCACCAUCAACAAAAGCCACACCUCUCUCUACACGGAGGAAGCUACUUACUCUCUCCGUAAAAGUAACCACUCGCUCAACCAAGGGGAGGCAAUCCAGACCAAUCUGCGUAAGACGG